AUGGAUUCUCUAAAAGCCGAGAUCGAGAAAAAGCGUAAAAUUUUAGAGACAGUUCAACCAGAAGAAGGCCCAAAAAAGAAAAAAUAUGUACGACGGGCAGAUCUCGAAAAACAUCGAGAACAAGAGUACUUGCUCGCUGAACAAGAAUACUCUGAAAAAUCUGCUUCCGAUAGUGAUAUGACACAAAAAGAGGAAGAUCAAAAAGAAGAUGCAUUCAAUAUUUCUCCUGAAGAGGUGGUGCGUCGCCUUCGGGCCAAAGGACAACCGAUUCGCUUAUUUGGUGAAUCGGAUAAAGAAAGGAAAAUUCGUUUGCGUGCAAUUGAAUUAAUUGAAGAAAGGACAGAGGGUCAACGCAAUGAUUUUAUGAGAACAUUGGAAGAAAUGGAGACUGGGCUUGAUUUGGAAGCUCUCAAGAAGACAGCAGACGAAGAACUAAAUGGGGAUUCUUCCAAAAAGAAAGCAAUAGAAGAUUCUGCAUUGGAUACAUCUUUUAUUAGCAUUGACUUAUUAGAUAAAGAUCCCGACAAACUCUAUGUACUUAUUUACACAUUCUUUAAGAGACUUUUACGAGAAUGGGAACAAGAAAUGAACAAUCGUCUUGAUAAUGUUAAACGAAGUACGCAAGGAAAACUAGCAGCGGCGAUUCAACGACAAACCAACGAAUAUCUUCAACCAUUUUUCAGAUCAUUAAAGAAAAAAUCGAUAGAACCAGAUGUAUUAGCACGAGUCACAGAAAUCACACAUUUCAUGCAAAAGCGAGAAUACAUCAAUGCAAGCGACGCGUAUCUUCGUUUGUCAAUAGGCAAUGCACCAUGGCCUAUUGGUGUCACGAUGGUUGGUAUUCAUGAACGUUCGGCUCGUGAGAAAAUCUUCUCAGCUCAAGUUGCGCAUGUGCUCAAUGAUGAAACUACACGAAAAUGGAUUCAAUCUAUUAAGCGGUUAUUAAGUUUCUGUCAAACAAAGUAUCCUCCUGAUGACAAUGCUCAAUUAAUGGGUUAA